AUGUCUCAGCAACAGGCCAACCAGGGCAAGAUUGGCCUAGAGAACCAGCAGUACCCCACGAAUACAGGAUUUUUCUCAGAGAAUGGUCACACUCUCAGUCGCAUCGAACCCAUGACGACCCACUCGGGAGCCUCAGUAGCAUCCUUCUUCAAUGGCCUAUUCGCGACCAUCGUCGGCAUCAGUACUCUCGGCACAAGUGUCACCUUUUCCUACGUGCUCUCCAGCAACGUCCAGGCUCCCAGAGCCCUCAACCCGACCUUCUCCUUGGACGAGAUUCACUCAUUUCUGGCAGUCAGCUGGUUGUUGUUCCUUCUUGCCAUGGCAUUUGGCUCACUUGGUUCCACCUUGCUGACCUUCUACAAAAAGCGUUGGGUUGCAGAUUGGGAUGGAUAUAACGGAAGAACAAGCCGAUGGGCUGUACAAAUGUAUGCGGUGACGGCCAGUGCCUUCAUGGGUGGACUCGUUAUUGGCGCCUUCAUCAUUCUAGGCUUGGUUGUGGUGGCGUACUCUCCGACAGUGGGAUGGAUUGCCGUCGGUGUUACCAGUUUCUUUGGCCUGAUAAUUAUGCUCGCGGUCCUCAAGCAAGCCCCAUGGCCAUGGCGCGAUUAAUGCUCUUUCACAUGUGUAUGGAUAACGGGCUUUUGCGGGGAAAGUGUGCGGCAGCUUGACAGCUUUCUGUUCAUUGAAGUGGAGGAUCAGGACCAACGCUUAUGCG